UGAUCUGGAGGCUGCGGCAGCUCGGCUGAUAAAUCUGGAGGCUGCAGAGCGCGGUGUGUGAGUCCGGGCGCCCCAGGAAUCUAGACGCCGAGAGCAGCCAUGGCGGGGGCCAUCAUAGAGAACAUGAGCACCAAGAAGCUGUGCCUGAUGGGGGGCUUACUGCUGGUCUGCCAAGUGCUGGCAUUCCUGGUCGGGGGGCUGAUCGCUCCAAAGCCGACAAGCUUUGUCAACAUCCUCGCUGUGAAGUGUUUCGAUGUACGGAAAGGUCAUCAUAGCGCCCCCAAGUGGCUGCUUCCAUGGGGGAAGGAUCGCUGCGACAGCAUCCAAGGCUUUGAGGAGGCGGCCAGCAGGCUUAUCGAAGCCAACGACAUUGUGUUCUCUACGCACAUCCCACACUAUGGCCAAGAGAUGAGUCCUUGGUUCCAGUUCAUGCUCAUCAUCCUACAGAUGGACAUUGCCUUCAAGCUAAAUAACUACAUUGAGGACAAUGCAGUCGUGACUCUUGAUGUGUCCGUGGCGUACCGUGACGAGUUAAAUGAUCCGUGGACUGAGCUGGCAAGUUCUGUCGAGCAGAGAAAACUUCAGUGCACGUUCCCAGUUGCGAAGACCGCUGACAAUCAGGGCCGGUACUAUGAAUGCGAUGUCCUGCCCCUCAUGGAGCUGGGGACCGUGGCGCAUAAAUAUUACCUGGUGAACAUCAGAAUUCCCGUUAACGAGGAGAAGAAGAUAAAUGUGAACAUCGGAGAGAUAAACGACCUGCAUUUAGUGGUCAUCUUCCAGAAUGGAGGCUUUACAAAAGUGUGGUUUGCUAUGAAGACUUUCCUGACCCCGAGCAUCUUAAUUAUCAUGAUCUGGUACUGGAGGAGAAUAACCAUGAUGACUCGGCCCCCAGUCCUGCUGGAAAAGAUUAUCUUUGCACUGGGCAUCUCCAUGACCUUCAUAAACAUUCCUGUUGAAUGGUUCUCCAUUGGAUUCAAUUGGACUUGGAUGCUGCUGUUUGGAGAUAUCCGCCAAGGCCUUUUCUAUGUGAUGCUGCUGUCCUUCUGGAUUAUCUUCUGCGGGGAACACAUGAUGGACCAGUCUGAAAGGAAUCGCAUCUCCAUCUACUGGAAGCAAGUUGUCCCCAUUGCCUUUGGCUCCUGCUGUCUCUUCAUAUUUGAUAUGUGUGAAAGGGGAGUCCAGCUGAAGAACCCAUUUUACAGCAUUUGGACCACAGAUGUAGGAGCGGAGCUUGCUAUGGCUUUCAUUAUAGUGGCUGGGAUCUGCGCCUGUCUGUACUUCUUAUUUCUGUGUUUUAUGGUGUAUCAAGUCUUCAAGAACAUCAGCGGGAAACAAUCUAGUUUACCAGCAAUGAACAGGGCCCGGAGGCUGCAUUACGAGGGGCUGAUUUUUAGGUUCAAGUUUCUGAUGAUCAUCACCCUGGCCUGUGCCGCCCUGACCACCGUCUUCUUCAUUACCACACAGGUGUCUGAGGGUAACUGGAAAUGGGGCGAAUACAACAUUGAACUGAACAGCGCUUUCUUCACCGGCAUUUAUGGGAUGUGGAACCUGUACGUCUUUGCACUCAUGUUCCUGUAUGCGCCAUCCCACAAAAACUAUGGAGAUGACCAGACAAACAGUGGAACCGGUAUGAACAGCGCGGAGGAGCUUCAGUUGACUACGACAAUCAUGCACGCAGACGGACCAACAGAACUGUACCGGCUGGCCGGCAAAGAGGCCCAGGAGUAGCCCCCUCGUGUCGUUGGGGUGGGCUCAAUGUAGACCUCUUAGUUUCCGUAUCCCACUAUUAAAAUGUUGCAUAUGAUAGCCUCCCUUAUUUAUAGCUGGAUUUCUCGGUUAGAGGAGUGGCGGAACAUUUUAUUGUAAUGUAGCCUUUUUUUUAUAAAUCUAUAUUAUAUAAAGUCGGUGGAGAGCGCUCCCUUACACUGGUGGAUAUACUACUACUUUUAUUUUUGUUGCUGCUGAAUUUCUCCAUCAGGCCCCCGGUAUUGCAUUUUACUCCUUUUUCUUAUGAAGGUGCAAUUCCCUGGGAACAAUACUCACAUUUUUAAAAGUGUGUACUGCCUCGUGUUCGUAAAGCAAUAAAGCCAUGUUCUUUUUGUAA